AUAGAAGUACAUUUAUCAUUAAUAUUUAUUGUCAGGGAUUCAUCGCCCUAUUUCUGAACCAAUCAGUAUGAUAAGGCUUAUUAAAACUUGCGGCACGUGUCUUUUGACAUUGUUUAUUGUGCAAUUCUGUCAAUGCUCACCCGUGAGUCCCAGAGAUGCGAUAAAUCCCAAAGGACUCGAAAGUUUGGAAUGGGGAUCUCGAUUGCAAGGAUUGGAAAAUUUCCAGUUUUUUGGAAAUUUCUCGGUUCCAAAUUCGAGAGAGAGGAGAUUCAUCGAUCUGGGCACUUCGGAGCAGAAGCCGAAUAAAGCUUAUCAACCUUGCAUUGCACCUGGAAAUAAAAAUGGCCAUUGUCGACAUUUAAGUCAAUGCGUUUUGGAGGAGUUUAGGACGAAUUUCGCUAAAUUCAUGGACUACAUGUGCAUAAUUGAACGCACAUACGUAGGUACAUGCUGUCCCGAUAAUGCAGAAACUGUUCAUUCAAGUUCAUUACCAGCUGAAAGUCUAGCCGGCUAUUUACCUGCAAUUGCGGGUGUUGAUAUCGAUGAUAAACCCGUCUGGGAAGUCGUGGACAUGUCGAACGCGACUUCACCUGAUAACACGAUAAGUACAAAAAAUGGCACAUCAGGUGAUAAAGAAGUUGCGGAAAACUCUUUGAAUAGGAAACCUCGUAGACCAAGAGGAUGUGGAGUGAGCAGCAAAUCUAAAACGCGAAUUGUAAAUGGAAGACCAGCUGAUCCAAGAGAAUGGCCAUGGAUGGCGGCAUUGUUGCGUCCUGAUGCUGAUCAGUAUUGUGGGGGUGUCCUUAUCACUGACAGACAUGUCCUUACUGCGGCGCACUGUAUAAAAGACAACAAAACCCUGGAUAUUAAAGUCAGACUGGGAGAAUACGACUUCACGAAAGCAGACGAGACGAGAGCUUUGGACUUCAACGUAGUUGAUAUUCGGAUCCAUGAAGACUUCAACAGGAACACCUAUGAACAUGAUAUCGCCAUUUUGAAGCUCCACAGACCAACAACUUUUAACACAUACAUUUGGCCUAUUUGCCUUCCACCUGUUGGCCUCACUUUCGAAAACAAAAGUGCCAUUGUCACCGGCUGGGGCACGCAGUAUUACGGGGGACCAGGUAGCACCAUCCUGAUGGAAGUGGCAGUCCCAAUUUGGCCGCAGACCAGGUGCGCCCGAAGUUUCGUCCAGGAUAUUCCGCACACCUCCUUGUGCGCCGGAGCUUUCGAGGGCGGCCGAGAUGCCUGUCAG